AGCGCCUCUAGUGAUAAUAAAUAAGAAAACACUAGAAUCAAUUUUUUAUAGGGAAUUUUAGUUUUUAAUAUUGGUACUACUGUGAAAUAGUUUCUUUCUUUUUUUCCUUUCGCGUUUUCGACAAACGACAGUCGAGAAACAACAAGCGUCAAAAUGACAAAUUCAAAGGGUUAUCGACGUGGUACAAGAGAUUUAUUCUCUCGUAAAUUCAAAAAACAUGGAACAAUUCCACUUUCAACUUAUAUGAAAGUUUAUAAAAUUGGCGAUAUGGUUGAUAUUAAACAAAAUUCAGCUAUUCAAAAGGGAUUGCCAUAUAAAGUUUAUUAUGGAAAAACAGGCCGUGUUUUUAAUGUAACUCCACAUGCACUUGGAGUUGUUGUUAAUAAACGUGUGCGAGGAAGAAUUAUUCCAAAAAGAAUCACCGUUCGUGUUGAACAUGUAAAUCAUUCAAAAUGUCGUGAAGAUUUUUUGAAACGUGUGAAGGAAAAUGAACUUCUUAGAAAACAAGCGAAAGAGAAGAAAAUUACCGUUCAAUUAAAACGACAACCUGUACAACCAAGUGGAGCGCACAUCGUCUCUGGAAAACAGGCACCAAUAUUACUUGCACCUAUUCCCUAUGAAUUUGUUGCCUAAACGAAAAAUAAAAUCUUUGUAAUUAUAA